CAUGUUCACAUAGCAGAUACAAUUGCAUAAAAAAAAAUCCAAGCUUUAUGAAUUUUAUCAAAUCGCCGCAAAUGAUUGAAAGGCAACUCAAGAAUUACUUCGCGCGCCUAAUCCACUGUUGCAAGAACAUCAGACACCUCAAUCAAAUCCAUUCACAUAUCAUAGCAUCGCCACAUUUAUCCACAGAUGAUCGAUCUUUCCUCAUCUCUCGCCUCUUCUUCUACCUCUGCACAGCCUCCCACUCACUCCAAUACUCCAACAAGCUUUUCAAUUUCUUCGAAAAACCGAGUCUUUACAUAUACAACGCCAUGAUCAGAGCCAACGCUACGAAGAUAAAGGAACCCACAUCGCGUGAGUGCUUAGCUCUGUAUAAAGAGAUGAUGGCCAGCGGUUUGGUGCCUGAUUGCAUAACACUGCCCUUUCUGCUAAAGGAAUGCUCGAAAAGAUUUGACGGGCCCACGGGCCGGGCUGUGCACGUGCACAUUGUGAAGUUUGGGUACGAAGGGGAUGUCUACGUGCAGAAUGCUCUGAUAAACACCUACUCGGAGUGUGGAAGUUUGGAGGAUGCGAGGAAGGUGUUCGAUGGAAUGCCUAAUAGAGAUGUGGUUUCGUGGAAUUCGAUGAUCGUUGGGUGUUUGAGGAAUGGGGAGGUUGAUUCGGCUUUGGAGUUGUUCAAGGGAAUGGAGGAGAGGAAAAACAUCAUCACUUGGAACUCGGUCAUCACGGGUUUGGCUCAAGGCGGGCGGGCGAAGGAGGCUUUAGACGUUUUUCAUGAAAUGCAGAACUCGGAAAAUGUGGUGCGGCCGGAUAAAAUAACUGUGGCAAGUGCACUCUCGGCGUGUGCUUCUCUUGGCGCCAUUGAUCACGGAAAGUGGGUGCAUAGUUACUUGGAGAGAAGUGGGAUUGAAUGUGAUAUGGUGAUUGGGACAGCCUUGGUAGACAUGUAUGGGAAAUGUGGUUAUGUCAACAGAGCACUGGAGGUAUUCAACGGGAUGCGUGGAAAGGAUUUCUUAGCAUGGACGGCCAUGAUUUCAGUUCUAGCGCUUAACGGCUAUGGAGAAGAGGCUUUUGAGGUAUUCGAAGAGAUGGUAGCAGCUGGAGUGAGGCCAAACGCUGUGACAUUCGUUGGUUUGUUGUCUGCCUGUGCUCACUCCGGCCUUGUACAGAAAGGCCGUCAGUGCUUUAAUUCAAUGAAGCGUGAUUACCACAUAGAGCCGCAAGUGGAGCACUAUGCUUGCAUGAUUGACAUACUUGGUCGAGCCGGGCUUUUCACUGAGGCACAAGAUGUUAUUAACAGCAUGCCAAUGAGGCCAGAUGCUUUUGUUUGGGGUGCUCUACUUGGAGCUUGUCAACUCCAUGGAAACGUUCGCCUAGGCGAAAAAAUAGCAAUGUUCUUGAUUGAGUUGGAGCCUCAGAACCAUGCUUACUACAUCAUUUUGUGUGAUUUAUAUGCGAAGGCUGGUAGAUUUGAUGAUCAGAAAAGGAUUAGAUCAAUGAUGAAAGGAGUGAAUGUGAGGAAGACAGUUCCUGGUACCAGCAUGGUUGAAGUUGAUGGUGUUGUGUGUGAGUUCUCAAUUAAAGGAUCACCUGAGACGCCAAUCUCGGCCUUGCAGAGCGUACUGCUUCUCUUAAGCAGCGAGAUGAGUAGAGAAGGUGAUGUACGGUUGUCUCAAGAUCCUAGUUUUCCCUCCGAGGACAUUCUUCAUCGUUCACAUAGUAUCUUAGCUCCAGCUCAAUCUGCUGUGAUUGAAUGAAUCUCAGCUGGCGAGGUGAUGUGGAGUGCGCUGCGUAAUGCUUUGGAUCAGUUUGUCACGAUUCAUGGCUGUUAUACCACUUACCCACUUCAUGUAUCAGAUUGUUUACGGCAUAGCUAGACGUGUUCUAGACUCUGUUUUAUCGCGUUCUCACUCGUCACUUAUGUCAGAGAACUGAUAGCGUCCUCUCAUCGACCACCUGUGGCUGAAUCAAUGAUAAAUCAACUCAUACACUUGCGCACACUUUUUGAUUACCAGAUCAAACUUGCCCUGAGGCACCAAACAUACGGACUGAUCACCAACUCGCACAGUCACGUAUACACCGCUGAUCCGUCAAACGUUGAAUACAUCCUGAGAACCAACUUUCCUAACUAUGGCAAGUGUAAUGAAAGAGAUUUUUGGUGAAGGGAUUUUUGCAGUAGACGGGAAGAAAUGGCGCCACCAAAGAAAGCUUGCAGUGUAAAAUUUUCAAUCUAAAGCUGCUAAACUAGCUUCUAAGGUUUAUGUUGAAGCACUGGCUAGUAAACAGAUGGAUUUACAGGUUUCAUAAUCAGCCUAAUCACACAUCCUUUAAACAUCAUUUUCUCUAGUUUUAUGGCAUUUGCAGGGUGCAAAAGAGGACAUAUACUGUCGAGGUUUCUAAUUGAAAGGGAAAAGGAUGCAGAGAACAUGAGCGAUGAGUAUUUGAGGGACAUAAUUCUCAGUUUUAUCUUGCAUUGAGGCAAAUGAAGAUUAUAGCAGCAACUCUUGUGAUGUUCAUGAGAUUCAAGCUUACACAACUAUGUUCACUCUU